AUGGUUUACUCAUUGCGCCUUCCCCUCUUCUCGAAAGCGCCGUCCCCGCCUCUAAUCAACACUCUCUUGUUACACGUCCUCUCGUUACUCCUUCUUACAAACUUGGUAUCUGCUGAGCCCGUCGCGCUCAGUCUGCAGCCUUCGAACCGGUGGGAUACCUUGGACGAUGGUUCGCAUAGGUCGAGCUCUCCAGCCGCCUAUGCGACAUGGAACAUCAACACAAACGGCCAGUCUGGUCCGAGUACACUCAGCCUCAACAUAAUGGGAUACAACCGACGCGGAAAUACGUACACCUUUGCUCCCUUUAUCAUCAAAAUGGAUGGGCAGACACUGCCUUAUCUCAGCGAACCCAACUAUCCCAUCACCAUUCCUCUCCAGAACAAUCAUGGUUAUUCGUUUGAGGCGGAUCCAUUGGGAGCGGAGGGUUUGAUUAUUUCCAUGGUAGACUAUGUCCCGGCUGGAACGACGAACCCUACGACCACAAGCUCGCAGUCAUCGACCACUACAAAUCCAGCUACAGAGACGACUGAUAGUCUCUCCACGAUUAGCACGGCAAGCCAACAGACUUCAAGGACAACUACAGUAGGAUAUGAACAAGCAACUGACAAAACGGAUAGACUCUCAACAGACACUACGAGUUCUCGACUCUCCCUCACCAGCUUGUCCGUCACCCCAUCCGGUCUCGUCUCCCCACCACCCUACACGGGCACCUUUGGCGACACAAACUCGACCCUCACAUCGGCAGCAGCCGAAGGCUCCAACGGCCCCUCAAAGAGCAAA